UCUGGAGUAUGGACGUCGAUGGUUCCGCUUCUGGGUGGUUCCUCCGCCGUUGAACCCAGUUCCAUGAUUUCGUGAAUCGCGUGCCUGGUUGUGUAUCGAUCAUCCUUAGAGAGACGGGUUUCUAUUUUUGUCAAGAGACUUCCGAGUUGAUCAAAAGCGGAGGAACCGGCACGCGAUAAACACAGGAUUAUAUAGUUUCCGUUACGAAACUGGGCCAGAUAUCAAGUGUAUAAUUAUACCGGCAUCUUUUUCCGAUGUAGGCAUGUGUAGUACACGGCAUGCCCACCACUCACUCUCAAGAUAGGCGCACCUUCGAGUUGUUCGCAGAGAGCGGACGUCAGAAGAUAAGAGCCUCAGUUCUCGAGCCUCACUGUCUCAAAAAUCAGGUUCAAUUUACUCAGCCUUACAGAAUACCGACAUGAUUUCAUUACUAUCGAGCGAUACGUGAGUUCCCAGAUAUUCAUGAUCUUGAUGAGCAUAGAGAACUUAUUGAUCCCGCCAACUAUAGUACGACCAUGGCCUGACUCUCUGGCUCACCUUCCACCUUUAUCAACGAUCGAGCUAUUCGGCAUGACUCACUCUGAUAAGAAGCUUAUCAGUUCGGCUUGAGCAGACAUUCUACAGUGGAUGUUUCACCGCGAACGAAACGCACCUCCAUCAGUUCUUUCCACGAAAGACCAACCGCGCGUUUUACUUCUGACAUCUGUCACUCUUAAAUCGCACUUCGCUAAAUUCCUUCUUACUUUUGGAAGAUUGAAGGCUGAUAGCAGAUUCCACCUAUCUCCACAUUGAUUUUACUUUCACCCGGAGCCCCAGAAACUUGUUCUUGAGAUUAAGGAUCCACUUGAUGUCAAAGAUGGUUCAUACAGCAUCCAGCUGAGGGGAUGCAGCGGUGAGUCGAGGGGUCGUGCGCUUCAAGUGAUCCGGGAGGUUGGUAUAUGUAUAGCUCGGUGAGCUAUAACCGUAAUUCCUGCAUGGUGCGAGGGAUAUCCUGAGGUACACGAGGGAGGAAAGAGAUGGGAGCUGGAAUGGGAAGGAGUGGUACAAGCGGGGGAGGACUUCUCGAGGCUUUGCCGACUGGGACGCCUCUUCACGUCGCAAUGCUCGGCCUCGAUAGUGCGGGAAAGACGACUGCCCUUUACCGGCUCAAGUUUGAUCAGUACCUCAACACUGUGCCCACCAUCGGUUUCAACUGCGAACGAAUAAGAGGCGGAAGUGGCAAGGCCAAGGGAGUCAACUUCCUCGUAUGGGACGUUGGUGGGCAGGAAAAGCUGCGGCCGUUGUGGAAGUCGUACACCCGGUGCACGGAUGGCAUCAUAUUUGUCGUGGAUUCCUGCGACGCCGAAAGGCUCGAGGAGGCAAAAAUGGAGCUGACCCGGACGGCCAGAAGCCCGGACAACGCUGGGGUCCCGAUCCUGAUCCUCGCAAACAAGCAGGAUCUGCCUGGAGCAAAGGAGGUUGGCGAGUUAGAGAAGCAGCUUGGGGUGCUCGAGCUGACGGGAAUGCCGGGGAGUUCGUGCAUCCGCGUGCAGCCGGCGUGCGCGAUAACUGGAGAAGGUCUGCACGAGGGUCUGGACACGCUUUACCAGCUGAUACUGAAGCGGAGGAAGCUGGCGAAGCUGAAUCGGAAGAGAGCGAGGUAGGCCCGCGUUUCAGAGGACUGCACAUGCGUCUUCUGAUAUUGUUCCCAGCCACCGUCGCCAGGCCUGGCGUCGACGCCAUCCUCGGUGUCGUCCGACGGCGACCCGGUGGUUAUUUUCACAGACCAAGCCUCCGCUGAGCAGCCAAUGGACGGAUCGAACCCUGGAUUCCAUCGACGGGGCAGCGAGAGAAGCUUCGAACCGGAAGAAGAGUCUCCUUGUGGAGUUUAAGGAGCUUUGGAAUCGCGGAAAGGACCUUACGACAGAUCGGAUGUCGAAUUAGUAAUCCCCUACCCCAAUGUCCUUUUCCUGUGGGUGUGAAGAAGAAAAAAAAAACGGAUACUUGUGCGAUUUUCUCACUCACCGAUAAUUUUUGCAACCGCUAUUGAAGCGGAGAGGCAAAGUGCACCUGUAACGGAUUUUCGCCUGGUACCGGAAGUCCGACAGUGUAUCGGAAGGUAAUGUGACACCCGGGUUACCAGUGGGAACCGCGAGCGCCGACUGCGGCGAUAUAUGGAUAUCGUAUUUCAAAACUGUGCAGCCUGAGAAAUCGACACGUGUGUAUGUAACGCUAAAUAUGUAUCUCGGGUUUCAAAAGUGAUUAUUAAAGAACUUGUAUCUGUAAUCCGCUGGGCAGAAAAUACAUGCAGAGCCUCGACCUCAGCUCUCCCUAAUGUAGCGAUAACAACUCAAUUUAACGAAUCGUUGUUAUUGACUGAUAGGGUUAGGAAAUAUUUAAAGAAUUUUUAAAGAAACUAAAGAAA